CAGGCCGAGUUAAUACACAUGCGGGCGGAAUUGACGGAUUCGAAAUCGAAACGAGAAGUACUCGAAAACGAGCUUCAUCACCUACUACUUCAGUUACAUUCCUCGCAGCUCUCACAGCUUCCCGACAGCUUAGGAAACAAAAGGCAAGAUCAAUAUUUUAAACCCGAUGUGAAUACCAUAAAGAAAAAACUUGAAGCCGAAAUUAGGCAAAGUCCCAUUCGUAAAGUGUCUGUGAGAGACACAGAUGAACUGAAAUUCAGUUCUGCAGCUAUGGAGCCUGCUCAAUACAAAGCUGACGUUGUUCAGCUCCAGUCAGAAAACGCCGCCUUGAGAAACGAGGUUCUUGCCCUUACUAGCGAAGUUUGCGGUACUAAGCUCGCUGCAAAAUAUUUAGAUAAGGAAUUAGCUGGUAGGAUUCAACAACUGCAACUUUUGGGUAGAGAAAUGAGAGGCGAUAUCAGGGACAAGCUGUGGCGACAAUUGGAGUCUGAAAUUUUGCUGCAGAGACACAAAACCGUUAUUCGUGCUUGUAGGAGGAAUAGUUCUUUAAAUAACGGUUCAGAAAAAUGUCCCAAACCCGAACCAGAAACAAUUACUGAGGGAGCUGGACAUUUUGGUGAUAUUAGGACUGUAGUCGUUAAAAGGAGCCCCGAUCAAGGAUUAGGUAUCAGCAUCACAGGAGGACGAGAACAUGGUGUACCGAUCCUUAUAUCAGAACUGGAACCCAACGGACCUGCAGCUCUCUCUGAACAGCUCUACAUCGGGGAUGCUAUACUUUUCGUUAACGAGAUAGACUUGAGGAAUGUGUGCCACAGAGAAGCAGUUAAUAUUCUUCAGCAACAGACUGGAGACUGUGCUCUGCAAGUUCACUAUAUCGCUGCAGAUGACAGUGACAAUUCUUUGGAAGAGGACGGAUUCCAUUUCAAAUUUUUUGAUGAAGACGUUUGUGACACUAAUAACUUAGGUAAUCACAAAGAAACUGAAGAGAUUGUGAAUACUCCUACAGCUCCUAGAACACCUGAUUCGACCACUGGUAGCAGGUGAGUUUGGAAAAAAUCAAAGAAUUGGUUGCUGCCAAACAAUUCUAUAGACUUUUUCAACUAUCUGAAGUAUUAUAAGCAUGUUGAUUGUGCAAUAUUUCCAUAUAUUCAAUUUUUAUGAAUGUGAUAAUUCCUUUAGCUUUUAGUUUAAACAUGUCAAUUAUUUUUAAGGCUUUUGAAUUUUGUAUAUGUGCUUUAUUGCCAAUAUAGUUUAUUUUAUUGUUUUAA